GUACUGCAGAAAAUGCUGAACGGGCCUUUCCGAGAGGCAGAAGCUACGGACAUACACUUAACCGAUAUUUGUCCGUAUGCUGCGCACCAAAUGCUACUUUUUAUCCACACAGAUACCUGCGAAGUACUCAAACAGCUUCAUCGCACAGAUACAUUCGAGGAAAAAAGACAGCGUAGAGAGGCUCUUAUGGGCCUCAUCUCGGCGGCAGACAAAUAUGAUGUACAGGGGCUUAAAGACGAGUGUGAGCAUCAGCUAGCGGCUUUGGUGGACGAAGAUUCCGUUCUUGAUGUGCUGCUUUUCGCGGAGUCAAGGAACUUUACUCGGCUUCUAGACGCAGGUGAUGACUCAACGUGGGGCUUUGUGAAGCGCCCUAGCAGCAGCAACGCCUUGAGUGUAGCCUGGAAGGAAGGAGCAGCGGGCGCAGCAUCCCGGUUGAACUACUUUGUGUCGCAUUAG